GCCCACAAGUAGCUUCAGAAGAAAGCCUCAAUAUCCAGCUCACCAGAGUUCCUAUGUAUGGGAUUGAACAGGAUCUUUAAAGAAUCCUAAGCAUGAAAACAAGUAUGACAAACUAUAAGCCUCUGUUGGUGCUACUGUUUAUAUUAGCCUCCUUGAUCACAUUUACAGUUCUCCAAAACUUCACAAAGUUGUGGACUGCAUUCAAGUUGCCCAUCUCCCUCAAUCCUUGGAAUUUUAACACACAACCCUCAUGGCCUGAACCACCGCUGCGUCCAGUAGUUUCAGCAGCAGAGAUUGAUCUGAGAAUACAGGAAAUUGUGAAGAAACUAGACCAGCAGAUACCACCCAGACCUUUCACCCAUGUGAACACCACCACCAGCGCCACACACAGCACAGCCACCAUCAUCAAACCUCGACACACAUACUGCAGGGGAGACCAGCUGGACAUCAUGCUGGAGGCAAGGGACCACUUGGGGCACAGGAAGCAGUAUGGCGGGGAUUUCCUGAGGGCAAGAAUGUCUUCUCCAGCCCUGCAGGCAGGAGCUGCAGGAAAGGUGACUGACUUCAACAAUGGCACCUACCUUGUCAGUUUCAUUCUGUUCUGGGAGGGCCAGGUCACCCUGUCUAUCCUGCUCAUUCACCCCAGUGAAGGAGCAUCAGCUCUCUGGAGAGCCAGGAACCAAGGCUACGACAAGGUAAUCUUCACAGGCCAGUUUUCCAGUGGCACCUCCCAAGUCAAUGCUGAUUGUGCCCUGGUUUUAAACUCAAGUGCUGAACUGUGCCAGUACUUGGAUGCUCAAGACCAAGAAGCCUUUUAUUGUGUGAAGCCUCAGCACAUUCCCUGUGCUGCACUCAGCCACGUGCAUUCCAAGAACAAGGAUGUUUCUUAUCUUAGCAAACAGGAAAAGAUCCUCUUUGAAAGGUCAAACGUGGGUGUAGAGAUUAUGGAAAACUUCAACGUGAUCAAUGUCUCCAGAUGCAACAAAGUAACAGUUUCAGUGAAAGAAAAAUGCAAGCCUGGAAUGACAUCCACAGCCCCCAGUGGGUAUGUCUGGAAAAACACAUGGAAUCCUGUCUCCUGCAGUUUGGCUGCAGUCGAUAUGAAAAAAUGCCUGAGAGGAAAAUUCAUUUAUCUAAUGGGAGAUUCCACAGUCCGCCAGUGGAUGGAAUACUUCAAAACCAGUAUCCAGACACUGAAGCCAGUGGAUCUGCAUGAAUCUGGAAAACUGAAACACCAACUUGCUGUGGACUUGGAUAGGAAUAUAAUUAUCCAGUGGCAAAAACAUGGUUACCCCUUGAUUGGAUCAACCACCUAUUCAGUCAAAGAGAUUGAGUACAUUGCCCGGGCCAUCGACAGAACUGGAGGAGAUAAAAAUACAAUCAUUGUUAUUUCUCUGGGCCAGCAUUUCCGACCCUACCCCAUUGAUGUUUUUAUCCGAAGGGUCCUCAAUGUCCACAAGGCUGUUCAGCGUCUUCUACUGAGAAGUCCAGACACCAUGGUCAUCAUCAAAUUGGAAAACAUCAGGGAGAUGGACAGUGAUGUGGAGAGAUUUGGUGACUUUCAUGGUUACAUUCAAUAUCUUACCAUAAAAGACAUUUUCCAGGAUCUCAAUGUGGGCAUCAUUGAUGCCUGGGAUAUAACAAUUGCAUAUGGCACAAAUAACGUACACCCACCAGAAUAUGUAGUCAGAAACCAGGUUAAUAUAUUAUUAAACUACAUUUGCUAAAUAA